AUGUCUCUCACUUCGAGCCUGGCGGUGUCGGUGGCCCCGUCGGCCACCCCGGUCACCUCGGUCACCCCGGUCACUGCGGGCUCCAUCGCCGCCAACAUUCUGGUGAUUGCGCGCGACUCGGCCUCGGCCAGUGUGGCCUCGUCCGGUCUCAAUGCCUAUGGCAUCCCGUUCACUACCCUGGUGGUUCCCCAGACGGGUGCCAGCCUGCCCGCCCUGAACAGCAGCGAGGGGGGCAACUUUGGUGGUAUCGUUGUGGCCAGUGAAGUCAGCUACAACUAUGGUAACGCCACGGGGUACCAGAGUGCCCUGACCACGGAUCAGUGGAACCAGCUGUGGGCCUAUCAGCUGGCCUACGGGGUGCGCAUGGUGCAGUACGACGUCUAUCCGGGCCCGAACUACGGCGCCAACGCCACCGACGACGGAUGCUGUGCGACGGGCGUGGAGCAAUUGAUGUCCUUCACCGACAUCAGCGACUUCCCCACGUCCGGCCUGCGCACCGGGGCGGGGGUCAGCACGUCUGGCCUCUGGCACUAUCCGGCCACCAUCACCAACACCACCACCACCAAGGAGAUUGCUCGGUUUGCGGCCAAUGGCACCGGCAGUGAGACCACUGCGGCGGUCAUCAACAACUUCAAUGGCCGCGAGCAAAUGGCGUUCUUCAUCUCAUUCGACACCGCCUGGAGUGCCACCUCCACCUACCUGCAGCACGCAUGGAUCACCUGGCUGACCCGCGGUCUCUAUGCGGGAUAUCGCCGGGUCAACCUCAACACCCAGAUCGAUGACAUGUUCCUGGAGACGGACAUCUACAAGCCCAGCGGCACCACCUUCCGCAUCACCACCACCGAUCUCGAGGGCAUUGCCAACUGGCUGCCCGAGAUCAACGCCAAGAUGAACACGGGCAGCAGCUACUUUGUCGAGGUCGGCCACAACGGCAACGGCAACAUCGAGUCGGCCGCGUCCACCGACUCGGGCUACGUCGAGUGCAAUGGCGGCGGCAUCGAGUACAACUCGCCCGCGGACACGCCCCUCGAGUGGAAGAAGCCUCUGGGCACCGGCACCAACCUGUGGCCCGCCAGCCCGACGACCUACAACUGGACCGUGGCCUGCACCGAGCUGGACCCUCUCCGGGUCUGGUGGACCACCCCGGCCAACCGGGACAAGUUCGGGCACAUCUCCCACACCUUCACCCACGAGGAGCAGGACAAUGCCACCUACUCGGACGUCUUCAAGGAGAUCUCCUUCAACCAGGCCUGGUUGAAGCAGGUCGAGCUCUCCUCCGCCAAGUACUUCACCUCCAACGGCAUCAUCCCCCCGGCCAUCACGGGUCUGCACAACGGGGAUGCCCUGCGCGCCUGGUGGGAGAACGGCAUCACCAACUGCGUGGGCGACAACACGCGCUCGGCCCUCCUCAACCAGGAGAACGACAUGUGGCCCUACUGGACCAACAACGUCACCGACGGCUUCGACGGCAUGCAGGUGAACCCACGGUUCGCCACCCGCAUCUACUACAACUGCGACACCCCGGACUGCACGGUGCAGGAGUGGAUCGACACCUCGGGGGCCAGCGGCGACUUUGACACGCUGUUGGCGACGGAGAAGGCCGAGGUGAUGCGCCAUCUGCUGGGGCUGCACCACGACCCGUACAUGUUCCACCAGGCCAAUCUGCGUAAUGCCGACACGGCGCCCAUCACCAUCAACGGCGUGUCGGGCAAUUACUCCAUCAUGCAAGCGUGGGUGGAAACCCAAGUGCAGGAGUUUGUCCGCCUGGUGGACUGGCCGUUGGUCACCAUCAAACACCAAGACAUGUCCGACUCCUUCCUGGCCCGGUACACCCGGGAUGCCUGCAACUACUCGCUCCGCCACACCUUCUCCAACCGCCAGAUCACGGGGGUGACUGUCGCUGCCACGGGUAAUACCUGCAGCGUGCCGAUUCCGGUGACCUUCCCCGUGGCGCCCACCAGCACGCAGGGCUUCACGACGGAGCAGAUCGGCAACGAUCCCUUGACGGUGUGGGUGCAAUUGUCCGGCUCCCCGGUGAGCUUUACCCUGUCGACGCCGAUUGCGUUGUAG